ACUGUCAGUUCAGUUCGCUGUUCGUUUAGUUCGCUAGUAAAGUGAAAGUUUACAUAGUUACGUUUGACAUUUUGUUAAGUGUGGAUAUUUUUCAUAAUUUAAUUAUAACAUUCAACUAGUUUUAAUUGAAAUUUUCUUUAUCAAGAAUGGAUUUUUGUAAGCUUUUACAUACUGCCCAAAAAAACGACAAGAAUAGCAGUGGCGGUACCCGAUAUUAUAGUACUAAAUUUGAGCCACCAAAAAAGAUUAAGAAAGAAUCUAAACAGCUCUCCCAAAAUAUUAAAAAGUUUUUAGCCAAAAAAGAAGCUGAGGAACAAAAAAAGAAUGAAGAAGCUCAAAAGAAGAAGGAAGAACUUUUGGCACUUCGAGCUCAAGACAAAAAAGCUACAAGGCGGGUUAACGUUAUGUUAAAGAGAACCAAAUCGGCUAAUCAAUCUGUAAUUGAAGAUGCAGUUGACAAGACUCAUACAGCUGUUACUUUGGCCGGACCUGAACAACCUGAUGAAGAUGACUAUGGGUAUGUCUCACAAGAAGCAUCAGCCUUUUAUGAAAAGAUGAUGGAAAAAUACAGCAAAAUGCCUGAGGAGAAGAAAUUUGAUCCUUUCAAGAAAAAGGUUAGCACCAAUUUAAGUUCCACCAAGGAUAGAGUCAAAGCAGCUCUUGAGAGAGAAAGAGAGGAAGCUAUGCAACCCCAUCGAAGAAAGAGGAAGAGGAAGGAAGGUGAUGAAGAGAAAAGUGACAGCAACAAACAUACUGAAGAAGAAAAAGAUGUUCUAGUUGAUACAAAAGAGAGUGUUAAGGUGAAACCUAAGCCUAGACCUGCUCCUCCGCCUAUGAGUUUUACAGAUCUGUUAAAAAUUGCAGAAAAGAAGCAGUUUGAGCCAAUUGUAAUUGAGCAGAAACCAAAGGAGGAAGAGAAGCUAUUAACAAAGAGACAAAAAAAGGAGCAGGAAAAGGAAAGAGAAUGGAGGGAAAGGCGAGAGGCUAGACAAAAAGAAUUAGAAAAUAAUGAAAAAUUAGAGAGAACUAAAGAAAAAGGAAAACAUAUUAAUAAAAUUAAUAAUAGUAGUACUAACGAUAAUAACAGAGAAUCAUCUAAGAUUUUAGAAAAACAAUUAACCAAACCACUCUCAAAGGAAAAUAGUGAUAGACCAAGAGUUUCCAAUAAUGGAAAACUACCUUCAGCAGGCCAGGCAGUGCAAAAGUCAAGCAGUGAUAAUAGCCAAUUUAGAAAACCACUUUUGGACAGUAAAGUGACAAAAACAAAUAAAGCUAGUGAUUAUAAAUUGCCCAACCCAUCUUCCAAGAGUGUAUUAAAUAAGAAUUCAAGUUUGGGUUCUGCUAGUUCAAGUAAAUCCAGUCAAAAUUCAUCUAGAGAGGAGGGUAUGAAGAAAGGAGUUUCAGUAGGCAAUGAAAAAUUAGUUGGAAAAUCUAAAGAUCUGUUACAUAAAGGAAAACCUAAAGAGUUUCCACCAAGAGAUUUGAUGCCAAAACCUAAGCAGUUCCCACCUGCAGAUGUGCGAGGAAUUAAAAGAAAGAAGCCUAUCAUGCCAAACAAAGGUCGUAUCUUGGACGAUUCUGAGGAGGAAUAUGAUUCAGAACUGGACGAUUUCAUCGAUGAUGGUCCCGAAGAAGAUAAUAAUUAUUCAAGUUACAUCAAAGAAAUAUUUGGUUAUGACAAAUCGAGGUAUAGAGACCGUGACGACGACGUUGAUGACAUGGAAAGUAGUUUUGCCCAGCAAAUGAAAGAAGAAGUUAUCAGCACCAAAAUUGGCAUCAUGGAAGAUUUAGAAGAUAUAAAAUUGGAGGAAGAGCACAAAAGGCGGAAAGCCAUAAUGAAGAAGAAAAUGAAACGUUAAAAUCUCUUUAAAACUAAAACAUAUUGUGAUAUAAUGUAAAAUAUAUUGUUUAUAUUUCUUUUUU